AAGUUCAGCUCCCUGCUGUUGUGUGUUGGCGCAGGUCUGUGGAAAAAAAAAAGACUGCAAUUUGAUACAGUUACAGGGUCCAAGUAUUUGACUCAAACCGCUGAGGACCCCGAUUAAUGUUUUUGUCUGAUUCUAAUCGGCCUGACGGACUUGGGUCAAAUCAUGAAGUCAUAAAUUGUUGUUCUCCGUCAGCAGCUUCCAAUCAUCUGGGAAGACUUUACAGAUACAAUCAGUACUUGUAUUUUUUUAGUAUUUUUUCCACACAAGUAGCAUACCUGUUCAUGGGCAUCGGCGGUGUCCCCACUCCCGCCCCUCCUGGCGCUCCGAUCGCGGGGAGCCUGACUCAGUGAGCUCAGCCUACCUCCAGGCUGCAGUCCGGGGACACCGAAGCCGGACUCCCACUUCCACCGAGAGACGAGAACGCUGCAAAAUGCGGGGGAUGAGGAGGGGGACGGAGGCCGCGGAAGGAUUUACCCCGACCGGAACCAAAUUGAGAAGCACGACGAACCUUGGAGUUGGGACGCUUGUCACAGUUGUGGCGUGCGUCGCGCUUGCGCUCCCCUACGUAGUGCGCGCGCAAACGGCGCUCCCACCCGAGUGCACUCCAGAAGGCCACGGGGUCCUACAGAACCCGUACCGCAGCACAACCUUCAGCUCCAGUUGGCUCCAGCGGGACUUUGUCUGUGACCAUUCACUGACGCCCGGCUGGUACCAGUUCCAAAUGUUCGACAAGCCGGCCAGCAUGCCCACCCGGUGUGUGGAGGUGAACCACUGCGGGACCCAGGCUCCGGUCUGGCUGUCUCUGGGAGAAGGCGAGUCGCUGCCGGGUCCUCUGGAGCUUCGGCAUUUGACCGCCUGCGCCGCCUGGCAGUUGUUCCCGAGCAGCAGCAAGGAAUGCUGCCUGUUCCGCAUCCCGGUGUCCGUGCGCAACUGUGGAGGAUUCUACGUUUAUUUGCUGCAGCCCACUCAAGGAUGCAUGGGGUACUGUGCACAAGAAAUGGCCACCAUGUCACCUUUGACCUGCGAGCACGGUGAGGUCAACAUAGACGGAACAUGUACAAUCGAGCAGCCUGCCGCUCCAUCCGAGCCCAUAAUCGCUCCCGAGUGGAUAGCGGGCAUCGUGCAUCUCAAGUGCAGCUUCUCCCACAGCUCCAACAAGUCCAGCAGCUCACUCGGCCACGUGGUGGCCUGGUCCCGAACCUCAUCUCAGGGCAAGCGGGAGGAGCUCAAGCGGGAGACCACCAUCCAGACGUGGGCUCUCAUCGAGCUGGACGGCUUCAACCUCCGUCUGGAGGACAAGAUUUACUGCUCCGUCUACAGCUUCUCUUUGGACUCUCCAGACGUCCACAGUGCUUCAGUGGAAAGUCCAGAGUUCUUUGCUGGGACUCAGGUUUUGGUACGUCCGUGCGAGUGCGUGAACGGUGGCUGGUGCGUGAGCGACGUCAACAUCACAGCCGGCAGCGGCAACGACACGUGCGCCUGCCCGGGCGGGUUCAAAGGUCACCGCUGCGAGGUCAACGUGGACGACUGCAAACCCAACCCUUGCAGGCUGGGACGCUGCGUGGACGGAGCCGACUCCUUUUCGUGCAUCUGCCCGCCAGGAAUGACAGGUGUAACGUGUCGAGAGGAUGUGAACGAGUGCGUUUCUCAGCCAUGCUACCCCGGGGUGGACUGUACCAACACGCUGGGCUCCUUCUCCUGUGGACUCUGCCCAAGUGGAUACGUUGGCGACGGCAUUGUGUGCACUCCGACCGGGACCCCCGUGAGAGUGGCGCCCCCACCUUCGCCCUGGUCCCGCAGACCUUGCCACCCCAGUGUCCAGUGCUUCCAGAGCACCCAUGUGGCGGCAGGCUAUGUCUGUGGACCCUGCCCGCCUGGUCUCCAUGGCAACGGGACCACUUGCAUGCCAUCGGGUCAGGCGAGCGUCGCGGAUGAACAACUUCCAAGCGGCAGACUGAAUCCAGGCAGGGAGAUGAUGCGCGCCACCUUUUCCUCACCCAGACGGCAGCCUGACAGAUUCAGCAGACCUGAAGCCACCAUCGCCAACCCACGAGGAGCUUCUUCUUCUUUGUCUUCGGAGAGAAGCCCCGGACGCUGCCCGCUUGGAUACGCGGGUGAUGGAAUCACGUGCAAAGCUGUGUGCAGGUUUCAGUGUGGAAAGAACAUGGAGUGCACGCAGCCCAACACGUGCACCUGCAAGGACGGAUACACCGGAUACAACUGUCACAUGGCCGUUUGCCGGCCCGACUGCAAGAACCAAGGCAAAUGUGUGCGUCCUAACGUGUGCGAAUGUCCCCUGGGUUACGGUGGGCCCACGUGCGAGGAAGCAAACUGCGAGCCGCCGUGUCAACACGGAGGCACGUGUCUUGCCAGGAACCUUUGCACGUGCUCCUAUGGCUACGUGGGCCCAAGAUGUCAAAUCAUGGUGUGUAACAGGCAUUGUGAAAACGGCGGCGAAUGCGUUUCUCCUGACGUGUGCAAAUGCAAACCAGGCUGGAAUGGACCCACGUGCAACACAGCUGAGUGCAGUCCGGUGUGUCUGAAUGGAGGAACGUGCAUCAAACCAAACGUGUGCGCUUGUCCCGGCGGAUUCUACGGCUCACAGUGUCAAAUUGCUGUGUGCAGCCCGCCUUGCAAGAACGGAGGUCAGUGCAUGCGGAACAACGUGUGUUCAUGUCCCGAAGGUUACACGGGGAAACGAUGUCAAAGGAGUGUGUGCGAGCCCACGUGUAUGAACAGCGGCAAAUGUGUAGGGGCCAACACGUGUUCGUGUACAUCAGGCUGGAGGGGAAACAGAUGUAACAUACCCGUGUGUCUGCAGAAGUGUAAAAACGGAGGCGAGUGCGUGGGGCCCAACACGUGCCACUGUACCGCCGGCUGGGAGGGCCUGCAGUGUCAAACACCCGUGUGCCGACAGCGCUGCCUGAACGGGGGGCGCUGCGUGCUGCCUGACUACUGCUACUGUCGGAGGGGCUACAAGGGUCUCACAUGCGCCGUUCAGGUCUCGCAAGCCUGAAGUGAAGGAAGGACAGGGAGUGUGUGGAUACCAGUAUGUAUGUGUAGAUUGACAAAUGUCGCCGCCUUGUGGGGACUUGAUGUAUUGCUUUUGUCUUUUUAGUUCCCCUGACUGUCCUCUACCUCAUAUGAAAGCGUUUUUCUUUUUAAGUCACAUUGCAUGAGAGGCUCCUCCAUGCCCCUACCCAAAAUUAUUUGACAAAUAUAUACAUUAAUGACGGUAAAUAUUUGGAUUUUAUUAUUAGUAGUAUCAUGACUUAUAUGCUAUUGUUUAUACAUGCUUUUGUUUAUUAGCGCACCUGAGAGUAACUGUGAUUGUUAUUAAAUGGAAACAUAUUGUAAGAAAAA